UGUUACAGGAAAAUAUAUGCCCUGGACAUCUCUGGUGAAAUUCCAAAUGAACUGUUUCUAUUGAAGAAACUUAAGGAUCUGAAUUUAGGCCAAAAUGUAUUGAGUGGUAAGAUCUCAUCAGCAAUCGGACAACUCUCCGAUAUGGAAUACCUAAGCCUAGGCAUAAACAAUCUCUCAGGGGAACUGCCGACAGAGCUUGGCAAUCUCACUAAAUUGCGUUCCUUAAGCUUUAGCUCCAACAAUUUCAAUGGAUCAUUACCUCCUCACCUUGGAAAUCUGACCUCCUUACAACAGCUAUAUAUCGAUAGCAGUGGUGUAAGCGGACCCAUUCCAGAUGAACUAUCAAACUUGAAAAGUCUCCAAAUCUUGUGGGCAUCUGAUAAUCUAUUCACAGGAAAGCUUCCGGAGUUCCUUGGAUCUUUCAAAGAUCUUAAUGUCUUGAGACUUGAAGGAACAAUGCUUGAGGGACCAAUUCCUUACAGUUAUGGUUCUCUAACAAAGCUAGAUGACCUGAGGAUCGGUGAUCUAGGCGGGGAAGAUUCUUCUCUCGACUUUUUGGAGAACCUCGCAAACCUGACCAUAAUAUCCUUGAGGAACAGUAGAAUUUCGGGUCAAAUUCCUGCAAAGCUCGGAACUUUCACUAAUCUGAAAUCAUUGGAUUUGAGCUUCAACAAGCUGACGGGUUCAAUUCCAAAAUCCUUCCAGAAUCUUGGUUUAUUGGGAUACUUAUAUCUUGGAAGCAAUAACUUGAGCGGUGAGGUGCCUCGAAAUAUUGGAUAUACUACUCCACUUGCACUCGAUGUUUCCUUCAACCCUUUGUCUGGACUUAUUCCUCCAUUCGUCAACACAUGGAAUAGCAUCGGAACGUCCAUUGCACAGUACAGAUACGGGAGAAGGAAAGAAGUCCAAUUAUUGAGAUGCAUAUCAAAUGGCAAAAAGUGCUCCAACAACACAAACCCAUCAACUUCAUUUUCCAUAAAAUGUGGAGGCAGUGAAAUGGAAACCUUGGAUGGCAAUAAAUUUAAGAACGACUCAGAAACACUCGGAGCAGCCACGGUAAACAUUGGCGGAGAUCAUGCAUGGGCAGUAAGUAACACCGGAGCUUUCCUUUCCAACCCACAAGGAUCAAAAUACACGACAGAAACAUCUUCACAAAUUACCCAAACACUGAACUCCGAAUUAUACAAGUCGGCUAGAGUUUCACCCAGCUCCCUUAGGUACUACGGUCUUGGAAUGAAGAACGGGGCGUAUAGAAUCAAGCUUCACUUUGCCGAGAUUCAAAUGGAUGACGAUCCCAAUAGUUGGAAAGGCCUGGGAAGGCGCCUUUUCGAUAUCUAUAUUCAGGGGAAGAGAAUAGAGAAGGAUUUCAACGUUAGAAAAGAAGCAGGAGGAUCGAAGAGAGCGUUGAUGAAAGUAUUUGAAGCAAACGUGACGAACACUAUAUUGGACAUUCAUUUUAUGUGGGCUGGGAGAGGCACUUGUUGCAUUCCAUUUCAAAGCACAUAUGGACCUCUUGUUUCAGCCAUUCAUGUUUCUCAAAUUCUAACAAAUUUCUCCACUUUCUCUCCCAACAACUAG